AUGAGUGCUGUGCAAUGGUGGGACGAGUGGCAGCUGCGCAACCUCGUCCUCGGCAGCCUGGGCUUCCAGUGGUUCCUCGUGCUGGUCGUCCCCAUGCGCAACUACACCGUCCAGCGCUGGAUCAGAGCAUGCAUCCGGCUGGCGUCCAUCUGCGCCGACGUCCUGGCGAUCUACGCGCUCGCCACCCUCUUGUAUCGCCAGGCCGCCGGUAGGUGGAUCAGCGGCUUCGACGACUACUACAGCAGGGCCCAACAAGUGAGGUCCCUGCCGCUGGAGGCCCUGUGGGCACCUCUCCUCCUCGUCCACCUGGGCGGGCGGGAGGAGCUCACCGCCAGUGGCAUGGACGACGACACGGCGCUGUGGGUCCGGCACGCCGCGGUCCUGGUCACGGUCACCGUGUACGCCUUCUUCACGUCGUUGCGCUACUUCAGCGACAGCAGCGACGCCUUCAAGCUGCUGGCGUCGGCGGCCCUGCUGCUCGUGGCCGCGGUCGUCAGCUCCUGCGGGAAGCCGUGGGUUCUCAGGAGAGCCAGCGUCCGCCGGCUGGUGGCCAAGUCGUCGCUGGCGAAUGGAGCGAGGACGACGAAGACGAAGACGAAGCAGCCUAGCGGCGGGUGGUGGGAGUGGUGCUUCACCGGGCUGGGCGACAGGUACAAGUGCUGGAAAGAGCUGAAGCCCCGCGGCACCGCACCGCUGCUGUCGCAGGGAGACAAGGUGCAGAUGCUGCUCUCGGGCCUGUCGCUGCACGCCGCUAGAGCAACGCUGGAGACGCGGAAGAAGAAGAAGCCAGAUCAGAAGAUCCUCGAGCCUCUCAAGUCCUGGCGGCGUGAACAGCAUCAAGCCCUGGAGCCCUCAGAAGUUGACAAGAUCAUGAAGCCCUGGCUGCGCCAAGCGUUCGGGCUCAUCUACACGAGGGAAGCCACGAUGUUCACGCCGGCGUACCUGGCCUGCCACGCGCUGCUGGUGCCGUCCCUGUACGUGGCCGCCACCGUGCUCUUCUUCUUCGCGGUGGACUACAAGAAGCAUGGGUACAGCAGGUACAGCAGAGCGGAUGUCAACACGACGUACGCUCUGCUGUGCUUCACCGCGGCGCUGGAUGUCUUCGGGAUGUUCGUCAGUGAGAUGGUGCACUGGCUGCUGUCGUCGUCCGGUGGAGCGUCGUCGUGCGAGAACCUGCCGGGGCAUAACCUCAUGGACUCGGUUCUCUGGACGAUCAGGAGGCCGAUAGUAUCCAUGCUGCUGCUCAGGUGUUACAAGGGAGGUUCUUUCGGCAAGGACAAAGAUCGCCUGUACGGCCGUGUCCUGAACGUCAUCAGAGACAAGGUGGAAGACAAAGACAUCAUCAUCAUAAACAAGGUGGACAUCAUCUUAAAUAAGGUGGAUGACAAAGACAAAGAAAAAGACGACAAAGGCAAAGGCGAAGACAAGAAUUUCGACCUCGACCUAUCCAGUUACAGAAGCUUGAGCAAGCGCAACUGGAUUCUCAGGAACAAGGACCUGGAAGUAGUUCGCGGCAACAAGUACGAGAACAUCCGGGCCAGCCUGCGUGAGAAGCCGUUCGACGAGAGUGUCCUCAUCUGGCACAUCGCCACCGACCUCUGCUUCCGCGUCAAGUCUCCCGACUACUUCCGCUUCAGGCCACCGCCUGAAGGGGUGGUUCGUGAAGUGUGCACGGAGGCGAUAUCCAAUUACAUGGCCUACCUCCUGGAUUUCCAGCCCGAGAUGCUGAUGGCCGGCAGCAGGCAACAUCUCUUCACCGAAGCCAUGGCAAACAUGGAGUGCGUCAUCAGAAAAGCCACCAAGGGGUUGAGGCCCAAGCUCAGUGAGAAGCAGCCGUUGGAUGACGUGAUCCUAGGCAAGAUCAAGGAAGAAGCAGCCAGCCUAAAAAAAAAAGAGGCGUACACCGUCAUUGACGACGCUUGCAAGCUCGCAGAGGAGCUGCUGGGCAUCCAGGACCACGAGACCCGGUGGGAGCUCAAGCACCGCGUGUGGGUGGGCAUGCUCUGCUACUCUGCCAGCAUGUGCAGGAGCGACCUGCAUGCCAAGAGCUUGGGAGAAGGCGGGGAGUUCCUCUCCAAUGUCUGGCUCCUCAUCUCACUGAUUGGGGGUAGGACCUUAGCGGACAAACUCCAGAUGCCUGAUGACGACCCAGAACCAGAAGGCGAGGAUCCAGCAAAGGACAAGGGAGAACAAAAACCAAAACCAGAAGCAGCAGACAAGGUUCUUCAGACGCCGGACUCGGAAUCAAAAGACAAGCGGCGUAGUAAGGCUGCCAAUAUUUUUAGACAAGGUUUUGAUGCUGGACGGUCAUGGCUUGAUAAUCUGAGUCUUCAGCUCUGGUUUUGUACUUUGUACCCGCAGCCAGCUGUGAAGAGUUGA